GCCAAUCGGAAGUCACUACCGGAGUUACAGGUUGCAGCGAUAUGUUCCUGACCUCCCAUCCGCGGAAACAGCAAGGCAUUUCUACUCCGAGGGGUUUUUGUGUUAGAAGUAAUGGGGAGGCUUAACUUUUAUGCCAUUUGGUCCCUGCGUGACGCUCCCCGCCAGUUCAUUAGCAAAUCCAACCGCAGGUGUUUUCAAGUCCACAUUCCGCUGCCUCUACCUAAGCACCUGGUCAUCUUUGGUCUUGGAGAGUGGACAUGCAGUGAGACAACAAUCACAGCAGAGGUUCUGGUCAGUGCAGAGGUGCAGGCCCAGAAAAUCGGAACUCUGACGUCUCAAACAAGGUGCCUGACCUGGGAGGGAGAGUGGAGCACUGACAUUGUCACAGUGGCAGCAGAGAGAGGCAGGAGAGGAGUUUAUGGCAAGAUUGUGCUCACAGUGUGUGGAGAGGAUAAAGCCAGCAUCCUCAGCAGCACUCCACUGGUACAAAGGAAAUGUCUGUUCCCAGAACAGCUCAAUGAUCUCUCCAGCACAUUACACCAAAGUGUUGCAAAUGAAACGAUAACUCCCAACUCCUCACACUUGGGUGACAGCGUUGCUGAGAUCCAAGUUAAUAAAAUCGACACCAGCGAUUCCGUUUGGGGAGCAAAACCAUCAGUUUGGCCCACGGAUAAAACACCCAGACGGACAGUUAUUAGUAAGAGGGGCCACCUGACGUGGAGCUCUGAGGAUUUGGACAGCCUCACUGAAGAUAUAGCUCAAGCUUCAACCCCGAAAAAGAUGAGGCUGUCGAGGAUGAACAGCCAAGAAGAAAUGAUGGUGCAGAUAAAGAGUGAGAGCAGAGUGUGUCCAUCAAAGCGCUGGAGCCAUUCGAUGUGUCUCAGUGACUCUCAAACUGCCAUUCUCAUUGGAGGAGAAACUACCGAUCAAAACUACUGCAAGGACUCCCUGUGGAAGCUUGAGUUAGACAAUGAUUUCUGGUAUCCCAUGAACUCCUCUGUGUCUGGACCUGUACCACCAUGUGCCCGAGGACACUCUGCAACCUAUGACCCAGAUUCUAAGGCAGUCUUUGUUUACGGUGGCCUGAGGGAGGGCCACUGCUACAGCAAUCUGUACAUCCUUAAUACUCUGACCUGGAAGUGGAGGGUUGUCACUGCAAAAGGGAAUGUUCCCACUCUGGCGUAUCAUUCAGCAGUCUUUUAUAAGAAAGAGCUUUUUGUCUUCGGCGGAGUUCAGCCAAGCCACUCUUCUGGGGAUAAAUCCUGCAGUAAUGCUUUAUACAUCUUCAACCCAGAGUUUGAACUGUGGUACCAGCCCAUUGUGGAGGGGGACAAACCUCUGCCUCGGUUUGGACAGUCGGCCACGCUUCUCUCACAGAAGCUGAUAAUAUUUGGUGGCAGGAAGACUGCGACCUACCUCAACGAUCUCCAUGUUCUGGAUUUGGGAUUCAUGGAGUACACAGCUGUGAAGUGUGGGAACAUGCCACCACUGCCUCGAGGGUUUCAUGCAGCCCUGCCAGUUUCAGACAACAGGAUUUUAGUCAGUGGAGGCUGCAGUGCAAUUGGAGCCCUGCAGGACGUACAUAUCUUCAACACUGACACCAAUAUGUGGAAUUCAGUGGCGUCUCCUCUGCUUUGCUCUAAGCCUCGUGCUGGACACAGCAUGAUCAAUUUGGGCAGCUCCAUCUUAACAGACACUCAGAAGCAUGAACAGGGUGAACAUGUCGGUGUGCACUGCACAUUGCUGGUGUUUGGUGGGUCAGACUGCUCUGGUACCUUCUACAGUGACGCAGUCAAGUGCACAGUGGAGAUUCCUGUCGAUAAAUGAUGGAUUAGUCUGGGAAGAAACUCAAACAGGACAAUUAUUUAUUUUAUCUCUUUAAAAACAGUGGACGAUACUGUGAACUGACCGGAUAAUGUGACAGGUGUAUUUGUCUGUACUGAUUCUUUUUGACUGUUUUUUCUUGCAUAUGUGCUAUUUGUGUUGUAUAUUCUGUUGCCUAUUCUUCUAUUGUAGCCUAUUUUUAUGAGUCUCUUUAAUAACCACCCAUACUUUUCCAAACCGGAAAUGCUGAGAGGUUUUUUGUACUUUGCAUAACAAAUCUGUGAUCUGCAUGUUGUACACAUCACUCGUCCUUUUAUCUAUUUGCUGGAU